UGCACUAGGUGGCUAAUGACAUGGUAUUAAUUACCCCAAAGAUUUUUUUUUUCGUAUUGAGGCGGACCUGUCUGUAUUGCAGCUCAUUUCUUAACAGUCACAGCCACAGUACCUCGUUCUCUUCCGUGGACAGUUUCCAGGGCAGUUGGAGCUGGGAUCACCCAGCAGUGAGCAGUGUAACACAGCCCAGGCGACAGCUGCAUAAUUUCAGCGAUGUACUGUAAUAACCAUCCAGUGUAGUGGCAGCGGCAGUAGCAGCAACAGCAGCCGUGCAGCGUUAAUUCUUUUACCGAGGAGUCCAUUGAAAAACACCGCUCAACGCACGGAUUCACAGAUGGGUAGAAGUGGACGCCUGUGAACUUGACGCUUUUAUUAUAAAUAUUCUAUAUCACACCUGCUCGUGAUGUUGUACGGGUUAAUACAAGCUUUUUAGUUUCAUUCCCUUAAAGCAUCUCGGUUCGGACAUAGCGGCUGGUGUCUUUUGGAGAGCAUUUAUGUUUCCCGUCACCCAGUUAAAAGCGCAUAAAAAAUCUACUGACUCCAGCGGCAGAGCCUUGCAGUUUAUUAAAAAACGUGAUUCAUUUCGACAUCAACCACCCCUGGCUAUGAAAACGAUUAAGUUAUUCCUCGAUUGGGAAGAGCUCAGCACCAUUCCGUUCUAGUAAAGAUUGAGAAAAGGCACAUUUCGGAUUAUCCUGUUGUGAGAAAAAGACGGUUUACUCUGCUUAAAACACAGAAUGGACACCUGUGGGACUGACUACCUUCUUGUUGAUUGCGAAAGUCGAAUGGGAUCAUUAAAACCAUAACUCGCUACCGUUUUACGCAUUCCGACUUCUUGAUAACUUUGAAAAGGAAACGGCAAUUUCCGAGAAAGUAAACAGGGGCGUCUUCAGUUGCAAACCUGUGUGGUAGCAAAUGUUUUGGAAGCACGGGAUGACUAGAGAGAGGAAAACUUGGAAAAAAAAUUAAUAUGUGAAUUUCCCUUUGAUUUUAUUUUCCUGCGAUUCCGACGGUUUUUAUUGUAAAGAUAGCUAGGGUAGUAAAAAUCCAAGAAUAAACGUAUCAGCAUCUAGCAGACGUCUGUUUAUGCGGUUGGGUUUAUUAUAGUUAUUCGCUUAUUCGCUUCGGGUGCAUUUAAUUUCAAAUCUGCUCGGCUAGAUCUACGAUCCGCUGCAUUGACUUCUUAGUUCAGCCCCAUUCCGGCGGGGGAGUGCGCUAUGCUAAUAUCAGUCAUUUCUCAUUGCCACUAAAUCUCUGUAUUACAAUAUUAAGUACAGCGGCUUCACACAGGAUUUCAUCUGGUUAGUCGUAAAGGGCUAAUUUUUAAUAUUACACGCGAGUGGCUCUGUAGAACCACAGCUGAGUAUAAAAAAGCCAAAAGGAGCCAGGAAUCUGGACCUGCCUGUUAGCGCUUUUUUUUCAAGCACCACUUUUCGAUGGACAGCGUUAAAACAAACUGGCGGCGUGUACGGCACUGCUCGAGUUUCUUUCGGAUCUGUGCACGGUGGAUUGAGUGAACUGGAAUAGAAGAAGACAGCGUGCUGGGAGAUGGUAUAAUUAUUUACAUCACUCCAACGAGCGAAACAAGCAUCUGUGUUUUGCACCCCGACAGCAAUGUGUGUGUAUAGGUUAAACAAUCCUCCGCAGGGCCAGCGAUAGAGUCAGAAACGAGCGUGCUUUUUGCAGCUCGAAUCUUUGAAAUCAAAGCGAAGAAGAGGUACAAGAUGCUCUGGAUUCAACGUAGGGCUGCGAAUUCUUGAACGCGGAGCCUCAUCGUUUUGUUUGGAUUGUGAAAUCUGACCCCCCACACACACCGGAAUUCUGUCCAAGGAGUGUAUUCACAAACCUUGGGAGCGUACGUGCCUGCGUCGGAUUGUCCCCUGCAAGUAACAGGCACCAUCAUUGCUUUCUGAUCUUAUUUUUUUCUUUAUCAUGCGGGAGAUGAAAAAUUAACUAGACAGAGGCAAGCAAGAGAAACAGAGCUUAGCAGCUGGCUUUGCUCUGUGUAUCUCCUGAGAAGGCGCUUCAUGGAUUGCCCUGCCUUUUACAUCAGACUGUUUUGUAAAUGCCUGCAACUCCUAGUGACUGAGCUGGAUGAGAGGAAGAGUGAAUAAAACAUUCGUCUGAGGAUAAGGAAAUUAAAAUAACAUUUUAUAGAAACAAACAACUUAGAGGGGCAUGAAAAAAGACAUUUGAAUCCCAGUUUUCUCCACUGGAUACGAUACAAGACUGACACUUGAGACUUUUUGGUUUUUUGGGAGGGAUUGGAAAGCUGAUGUCUUGUUGGUUCAGCGCCAUGACUUUGUUUUCAAUUGGGGUGUGGGAUUGGCCCAGCUAUAGGAGAGGCACUCUGGGAUCAGCCUUGGUGUUGGUUUGCUGUUUUCUUCCUGUACUGGUGGCCAAACCAAGGUCCCCGGGACACACCCACUUGAACUCCAUUCGGAUAGACGGGGACAUCUCCCUCGGGGGCCUGUUCCCAGUCCACUCGCGGGGCAGUGACGGGAAAGCCUGCGGAGAACUGAAGAAGGAGAAGGGCAUCCACCGGCUGGAGGCCAUGCUGUACGCCUUGGACCGCAUCAACAACGAUAAUGACCUCCUGCCCAACAUUACCCUGGGGGCCAGGAUCUUGGACACCUGCUCCCGCGACACCCACGCCCUGGAGCAGUCUCUCACCUUCGUGCAGGCGCUCAUCGAGAAGGACGGCACCGAUGUGAAGUGUCUGAGUGGGGGGCCGCCCAUCAUCACCAAGCCAGAGAGGGUGGUGGGCGUCAUCGGGGCGUCCGCCAGCUCUGUUUCCAUCAUGGUGGCCAACAUUCUGCGGCUCUUUAAGAUUCCCCAGGUGAGCUACGCAUCGACGGCGCCGGAGCUGAGCGACAAUACCCGCUAUGACUUCUUCUCCCGCGUGGUGCCACCAGACACCUACCAGGCCCAGGCUAUGGUGGACAUCGUCAAGGCCAUGAAAUGGAAUUAUGUCUCUACUGUAGCAUCGGAGGGGAACUACGGCGAGAGCGGCGUGGAGGCCUUCAUCCAGAAAUCGCGUGAGGAUGGAGGGGUGUGCAUCGCCCAGUCUGUGAAAAUCCCACGGGAGCCCAAAACCGGGGAGUUUGACAAGAUUAUUCGGCGGCUCAAAGAAAACGCCAAUGCCAGAGUGGUCAUCUUGUUUGCAAAUGAGGAUGACAUCAAGCGUCUGCUACAAGCCGCCAAGAAAGCCAAUCAGACAGGGCAUUUCCUCUGGGUAGGAUCAGAUAGCUGGGGCUCCAAAAUCUCUCCAGUGCUGCACCAAGAAGAGGUAUCAGAGGGCGCUGUCACUAUUCUGCCUAAACGUCUCUCUGUCAGAGGUUUUGACCGGUACUUCAUCAGCCGCACACUGGAUAACAACAGGAGAAAUAUCUGGUUUGCUGAAUUCUGGGAAGAUAAUUUCCAUUGCAAACUAAGCCGCCAUGCCCUCAAGAAAGGAUCCAAUAUCAAAAAGUGCACAAAUCAUGAGCGGAUUGGAAAAGACUCAUCUUACGAGCAGGAGGGCAAGGUGCAGUUUGUGAUUGAUGCCGUCUAUGCCAUGGCACAUGCCCUCCACAACAUGCAUAAGGAGCUGUGCCCAGGCAAGGUCGGCCUCUGCUCCAGGAUGGAUCCCAUUAACGGCACCAUGCUACUGAAGUUCAUCCGCAAUGUCAACUUCACAGGCAUAGCUGGGAAUCCAGUGUUAUUCAAUGAAAAUGGGGAUGCCCCAGGACGCUAUGACAUCUACCAGUACCAGAUCAAGAACAACACUCCAGAGUACAAGGUUAUUGGCCAAUGGACCAACCAACUGCACUUAAAUAUCGAUGUAAUGCAAUGGCCUGGGGGUGUGCGACAGGUGCCAACCUCUAUCUGCAGCCAGCCGUGUCGCCCUGGGGAGCGGAAGAAGACAGUGAAGGGCAUCCCCUGCUGCUGGCACUGUGAACGCUGUGAUGGGUAUCAGUACCAAGCAGAUCCAUACACCUGUAAAAUGUGCCGCUUUGACCUGCGGCCAAACGAGAAUCAUACAGGCUGCCGAUCGAUCCCCAUCGUCAAGCUGGAGUGGAGUUCUCCUUGGGCUGUGAUCCCAGUUUUCAUUGCCAUUCUGGGAAUCCUGGCCACGCUGUUCGUGGUGGUGACUUUUAUCCGCUACAAUGAUACCCCCAUUGUCAAGGCCUCAGGGCGCGAACUCAGCUAUGUGCUGUUGACAGGCAUUUUUCUGUGCUACGCCACCACGUUCCUCAUGAUCUCCACCCCUGAAGCAAGCAUAUGCUCCCUGCGGCGGAUCUUUCUGGGCCUUGGCAUGAGUAUCAGCUAUGCUGCUCUGCUCACCAAGACCAAUCGCAUCUACCGCAUCUUCGAGCAGGGAAAGAAGUCUGUUAAUCCACUUCGGUUCAUCAGCCCUGCCUCCCAGCUUGUUAUCACCUUCAGCCUCAUCUCUGUGCAGCUCCUGGGGGUCUGCAUCUGGUUUGGGGUGGACCCAUCCCAAGCCAUCAUUGACUAUGAGGACCAGAGAACAGCAAACCCCGAAUUCGCCCGUGGGGUUCUGAAGUGCGACAUCUCCGAUCUCUCCCUAAUCUGUCUUCUGGGAUACAGCAUGCUCUUGAUGGUCACAUGCACUGUCUACGCCAUCAAAACCCGAGGAGUACCCGAGACCUUUAAUGAGGCCAAGCCAAUUGGCUUCACGAUGUACACCACCUGUAUUGUUUGGCUCGCUUUCAUCCCCAUCUUCUUUGGGACCUCACAGUCCACAGAAAAGAUGUACAUCCAGACGACCACUCUGACGAUCUCAGUCAGCCUGAGUGCCUCGGUGUCUCUGGGGAUGCUCUACAUGCCGAAGGUCUACAUCGUGCUCUUCCACCCUGAGCAGAAUGUGCCCAAACGCAAGCGCAGUCUGAAGGCUGUGGUGACGGCAGCAACCAUGUCCAACAAGUUCACCCAGAAGGGCAGCUUCCGGCCCAAUGGAGAAGCCAAGUCCGAGCUGUGCGAGAGCCUGGAAACACAAGCUUGCUGAAGGAAGGAAACGCUGUGAGUGGCUCUGACUUAUGAACUAAGUGUUGGCAUCCAAGCAAACUUACAUCAGCUACAGCAACCAUGCAAUCUAACACCGGGGACGCCCACUCCCAGUGACAGGGUCUGACCUCGCACAGGAGAGCUCACCAUGCUGAACAAUGAUGACUGAAAACAAGGAAAAAUGGGGAUUACAAUAAAAAAAAUUAAAUUUAAAUGCAAAUGAAAGAGAAUCAGGGGACUAGGCAUGGCAAUUCAAUGCCACAGAAGCUGCAGGGAAAGGUCCUUGGGGGUCACUAAGGAUGAGGUGGUGUCCUAGCGACCGACAGAGGCAACUGACAGCGAAGUUUCCAAGGUAACUGCAGAAGAUUACUUCAGGAUGGAGUUUUCCUUCUGGAGUUGAUAACACAGUUUGCUUUUGUUUUCGAGAUGUCUUUGCUGAAGUUGACUUGAGCUUCUUUGUGGGAACGACACCGAAACUGAAGCUGUGUUUUAUUUUGUGUAUGUGUGCUAUUGUAUUUUGCAAGCUUUGUGAACAGUAAAUAACACUCCUUCUACCUGCUAUGAUAAUACCUUGAAGGUGAAAACAGUGAAGGUAGUGAAGCCAGAAUACAGGAAAUUCUUGGUUUUAGCUCUUUUUGUGUUUAGGUUUUUAAUCAUACCAGCAGGACACCAGUGGCUGAUAAUUAAGGGAGGGCAUUAAACCUGGAGAGCUAACCUAAACAGAGUGUUGUCUAAUACUGUAUGUGUCAAUCCAUAUUCAGUGUCUGUAAGAAUGAUUCAGGCAAUCUUAACAAUUUGUAUUUAUUCAUCAUGUUUACUUGGUGAAGACAAAUGAUGCAAAGGAUGGAACAAGCUGCUUUAAGAAAAACUGUAGAAAAAAAUAAACUAAGAUAUUAUGUCUAGGCAAAGUAUUUUCAUUUCAAAUGAAGGCAGCAAUGCCCUUUCCUGUUUCAGUAGAUCUGUAUUGUACAUCACAGCAGGAGACCAGGAAAUGAAGACAAAAUGGCCUUGUAAAGAGUUGUGAAUAGGAGUGUUUGUUUUACUUGGUAUGUAGAAGCUGCAGCUAUCUUACUCCCACCUUCACUAUAGGCCAAAGUAAUAUUAUACGCUUCAGUAAUGGAACUGCUCCUGGUUUUCAAUGAAGCAGCUGUGCUCAUGUGGGGUUAUUUCUGCUAAAGGCCCAAGGACACCUCUACUCAACAAGUGUUGAGUAGAUCAACAUCCACGCAAGUACUUCUGAAUACAUUUUUGAUUGGAAAUGAUGGCAAGAGGAUAAGGAGAUUUUAACUAUGAAUAUCUAUAGCUUAUCAUUAAAUACCAUUAAAUAAAAAGGCAGCAUUACAGUUGGAAGUCCAUAUUGUCUUCAGGUUUUGGACAACCUGAACUAAUAAAAAUCUGACAGGAUAUGUGAACCAUUUCUAGUCCUGCAGGUUAAGAAUUGGUAAUGUGCAUCUCAGCUGCAGCUGUGCACUGAAUAAUUGUUUUGGGCAUGCCUUCUAUAUUUGGUUUGAUGCAUAACCGUUUUUGUUAAUAAUAAAUAUUAAAUGCAGUGAAAAGCAUUUAAUACUAAAAUCUAGAUAUUACAUAUCAUUUGCUUUUUCUUUGUAACCCUCACAAGUAAUGUAAAGGAUUAUGAAAGCAAUCAAUGUAAGACUGCCUGAACAGUUGUUGUGGACAUUGUAUACAGAUGUUUAGCAUGUCUGUAAGAAUACAUUAUGUGCACUGUGUUGUUUAAAGUGUUGGGAAUGCAAAAUGUCUGUGCAUUUUGGUAGAAUAAUGUGAAAACGUGGUGUUACCUCUCCUAGUUGAAUGCCCACUGACUAUGCACUCUGCCUGAGUGACAGGAUUUAGUGAUUUUUGCUUUCGUAUUUAGUCUAUUGAAAUCUAAGGCUUAUUAACCCUAAUGUAAUGAAACUAUUCCACUAGCACAUUAUAUCUUAAACUCAACACUGACCCUACAUCAAGCACCUUAUGUAGUAGAAUGUGCUUCAGGUGUAGCUCAGGCCUCUAGGCCCCACUGCCUCCCCUCUUUGUGUUAGCUAAGCCACACUGCCACCAAAAUAGCCAGUCUUUCCACCAAGCAAGUAAUAACAAGUAAAGGUAUGAACUCAACAUUGUUCACAAAACCAUAGUGCACAGAGCAAAUUAAAUUAUCCUUAUAUAAAACAAUCUUGCCUUUGAAUUUGAAUCACUAAAUAGCGUGAUCAUUUGAAGUCCUUCUUUUUACAGGAUUAGUUUUAUGCUUGAACCAGACUGCCUUACAACUUGCAAGGUUUUCUUCCCAGAGAAUUAAAAAAAAUCAGAAAGGCUGAGUUGUGUUGUAAGACUGAUGGAUAGGUAGGAUGUAUAGCUAUUUUGUUUAAGAACGUUUAGGGUCUAAUUCUUUUAAUAGCCAAAACACUGCAAAAAAUGUUUUGCAGUUGUAUAUUUUAGCUUUUCUCAUGUUCUUUGUUUCACCUUACCCUUCUGUGUCAAAACUGGAACUUCGUUUUAGGUUUCUCUCUGGAUGUCAAAUCACUGUGGAGGAAAUACCACAAUGACUGUUGCCUAGAAGGGGGUGAAAAUAAGAUAACAAAGCACGAAAACAAACUCAUUGCUAGGCUGUGCAAACAUACUACAAUACAGUCAGGUACCAAGGUAUCAUUUAGAAGCUAUUUAAUGACCACCGGGUGCUAUUAUCUCUUCAAAGGUUCCAUUUUGCAAGACAAAACAGAGAUAAUUCUUACUUGUAUCAUCUUCAUGCCACAUUGUGUAAAAAUGUCAGCGACCCCUAAGACCAAUGGUUUUAUAAGCUCCAGAAGGAAACCGGCCGAAGUUAAGAUUUUUAAAAUAAAACAUGCGAAGGACAGAAUGACUAAUUUUCUGCAAUAUUCCGCUCUUCACUUCAACAAAACGGCAGAUAUUGUAUUACGGCAACAUCGAGAAAACAUUUUUCUUUAAGAAAUUAGUGGGAUUGUUUGUGAUUGUGUAUUAAAAAAGGUUUACUGGUAUUCAUUUUCCCCUCUAUUUUAUUCUUUUCAACACUUUGUCUGUGUUGCAAAAUAGAGUAUGUAAGUGCUGACCAAAUUAAAUGGCAAGUUCAUGUAUGUUAUUAAAAUGGAUUGAUAAUGUCUGCUUUAUGUACUGACCAAUUAAAAAAAAAAAACA